UUCGUCUUUCCCUCUGUGCCCACGGGAAGGAGGAGGGAGAGGCUCUGUUAUAAGUAAAGAUGGCCGCGGGCCAAAGUUACCUACGUUCCCGCAUAGAGAAAUCUUUCUCGUCCAGGUCUCUUUCUGCUGUGUUUCCAGAUUCUCCUCCUUCUUUUCGAACCCGGUGUUCGCUUUUUUCUUAAAACCUAGUUUUACUUGCAGUUUCCUAGUUUGGGCAUUGCAUUCUUACAACCACCCCCUUUGUGUGGUAGUUCAUCUUUCGCAGGCAGAAAGAGACGGAAAGAGGUUCCUUCAGCCAAAAAUAGGUGAAGCUGUGCUUCGGAUCUUCUGCUGUUUUCACCUCAACCUCACUUUUUGCCUUCACCUUCACUUCUAACCGCUUUACCUUUUGUCGCUGGUUCGACAUCUUUACCCCGACGCUCUUUCUUUCGGCAUUUCUCCAAACAGCUUAGCGCCAUCUCCAGAGCCCAGGAAAUAAAACAAGCAGAAAUGAAGGCUUCCAUUGUCCUUGUCUCCUUCCUCGGCCUGGUUUCCGGCAUGGUACUCCCCGGUCACCGUCUCAGUCCCAGCGGUGCUAAACUGCAGCCGCGGUCCCUCUUUAAGCGUGAGGCCAAUCUGGACUACCGCUACGCCCCAGAGCCAUGCCGUGCCAUUCUCACCACAUGCCGAGUUACGUCAGACUGCUGCUCAGGCAUGAAGUGCGUGAGCGCUGAUGGCGAGUCGGUUUGCACUCCCAGCGAUUAAAUCAGUUGAAUAGAUCUCAUUUGGUGAUCGAAUCCGACGAAACGGGGCCACUGGUGGCUACUGAGGAGUUGAAGUUUUCCUGCCUGCUUGGCCUGGCCUGGAGCACCUCCUGUGUCUCGGCCGGGUCUGGGACUGGGUCUGGGACCUGUGUUGUCACAUUCCCUUUCUUUGUUCAUAUUCGAACACUGUUAGUGUAUUUUGAAGAAAAAAAAAACAAAUGCCUUCAGGCUAAGGGGAUUGUGGUAGUAGGUUGGGUUAGUAUCUCGAAACAGCAUGGCCCAUGGGAUGCUUGGUCGACGAAUAAGGGCAACUAUACGCUAUGCUCAAUUACUUCAUUAUGUGGUAUUUGAGACUUUCAAGUCAACAAUGGUAUCCAAAUUCCAAUACAUAAAGUCG